GUCACAGCAUAUAGAUAGUACCCACAGAAAUGUUACAGUAGGGAUGACUCAAUAUGCAAACAGUGAUGUCACAGUGUAGGGAUAAUGCACAGAGUGAUGUCACAGCAUAUAGAUAGUACCCACAGAAAACUUACAGUGGGGAUGACUCAAUAUGCAAACAGUGAUGUCACAGUAGUGGGAAAAUGUGCUUAGUAUAUUAAAGUAUAGAACAUGGUGAAAGAUGUAGUUUUGCAACAGCUGGAGGCACCAUGUUUGUAAAACACUGUUCUAAGGAUCCAGAAGCUGUCACCAAUCUCCCUAACCUGGGACCAUGCAGAACAGGAGGAAAGCCUUCGAUAAGCUGUGUCCAAACAGGAUAGCUGCUAUAUCUAACAGGGGCACUAGGAAGCCAGAGAGGAAGGUGUCAAGGAGGAUAUUUGGGGACCCCCCUGGCCCUGUGACUAUCUAUGUGGACCAGUCUCCAAACACUGUAGAUGCAGCGCUGUCUGCUAUUGACUGGCAGGAUUUAGCCGACUGUAACAGUGUCAUACAGCAGGACGCCGAUAGGGGCAGUGUAACGCAGCAGGGACCUUGCUUGCAGAGUGAGCCGGAGUUUGAUCUGCAGGAAUUCAGGGAUGCCGUGGACAGCUUUAUUGACGACCAGACAGCUCACAUGCAAACAGGAAUGGGUGCUGCAAACUUCCUUCUCUUACCCCCUGAUGGGCCAGCAUUCGAGCCAUGCAUGGUCCCCCAUAUUCAUGCACCCCAACUUACGCCCAUCAACGUGCAGCCGAUUCCUAGCACAGAGCAAUUUUGGAGGGAUAUGGCAGAUCAGAACCAAAAGGCGCUGGGAGAUGCCUUGGUGCAGAACAAUCAGCUGCAUGUGAGCCUGAAUGAAAAGCAGGAGGAGAUCGCCUGCCUGAAAGAGAAAAACGUUCAGCUCAAAGAACUCGCGAACCAGGCAAAGCAUUUGGCGUCUGUGCUUGAUGAGCUGAUGAGCCAGCGGUCCGCGGAUAAUCCCAGCCUUUCUUCUGAAGGCUUACUGAGCCGGCCUCCGGUAAAAAGAAGUUUAGAGGAGUUCUAUCCACAGACCACCGAACAGGAAUGUAACCAGGUGGAUGAAAUAUUAAGGGAAAUUUCCGAGAAGUGCAAGGCCGCCCUUAUGGGGAGUGCCCACAGUGAAGCCAAGCGUCCUAAACUGUUUUCUGAGGACCCCGUAGAGGGCCAGGGUGAGGUCACCACCACCAUCAAAAUGUGCGGAGCAUUUCAAGGACUGAAGACCUCCACAGGUCACAGCUCGGUGAGCUUGAGUAACACCGAUUUAGAAGAAGACGUUACCUUCAGGACCUCUAUCAAAGACCACUGCACCAUUCGGACUCUCGCUUUUCCCCAGGGAAAUGCCUUCACCAUAAGGACAAAUGAAGGAGGAUAUAAGUUUAGAUGGGUCCCCAACUGAGUCCGGCUGCAAUCAGCUAACUACACUUCCAUGAAUUUCUUUCUGCUCACCCUGCUGGUUAUCAGGAAUUCCACCAGGGGGCGAGCAACACUAGCAGUUAUUCUACUGUAACCUAAUAACAAGGACUAUUGAGCUAAUAAAUAGCUACAUAUGGGUGUAUUAGGGCUCUUUCUAACCUGUUGUAUAGAGCCGUAAUACAGUAUUUCUAGAAGUCUAUGGGACCAGACUGUAAUGCAGUGUUUCUCAACCAGGGUUCUCCCAGCUGUUGAAAAAGCCUUUGGCUGUCUGGGCAUGCUGUGAGUUGUAGUUGUAGGGAGAAUACCUCUUUUAUGCAGUGUUGUAUGGUACAAUAGCAGUG